CUGCCCCUCAAUUGGGUAGCUCUUCUACUCCGCUCUUGGAUGAUCCCAUGAUCAAAGAGCUUAUUCGCAUCGGAUCCCAAUUCAUUGGGUACCGUGAGUAUGCCAGCAGAACUGAAGAGAAACUUGCAGAGGCCAACAAGCUUGCCGACACUCUUGCUCAAAAACUGGAGCAAAGUGAAGCGGCCCGCAAGAAAGCCGAACUUGUUGCUAGCGAAGCCAAAGCAGAGGCUAAUGAAGCCAAGGCAAAAGCUGCUAGUGUCGAGGAACUGCAGAAGAGACUUGAGGAUACUGAAACUGCUUUAAACGAGCACAAAGCCGCACAGGCUACUCGUGAAAAGGGGAUCCUCAAGCGCCUGAAUUCGCAAAAUCAGCGCUUCCAAGCACCCAAGGGGCCGGCUGAGAAUUUUCGUUCAGCCGACUGCGCCCUCUUCCGGCUUGCUUCGUCCGACUGCUCUCAAGCCGGACGCCGCUUCGUUAUGCGGAUUUCAAUAUUCCAAGCGCUGGAGGCUGUUCCGCCUUGCUCGAAAAGAUUUUAG